AUUUGAAUCUCUCUACACAGAAUAUUGCACUAUAAGUUCAUAACUAAAGAAAUAUUGUUGCAACUACUACUACUAGCCUUACUAGUGUUCUUUCCGUGGUAGUAGUAAGUCAGUUGCUUUAGUACUAUAAUUCAAUUAUUAACAGUAAUGGCCUUCUCUGCUGGGCAAUCUUACGCAGUUUCCACAACUUUUGAUCCCUUGAAACAAAAUUCCUGGGGUUCUAAACCUCACGUUUCAACAUCUUCCUUCAACAACAUCACCUUAAGAAAAUGUGACAAGUCCAACAUCCUAUCAAGAAAGCCACUCUAUAUUUCAGCAGUACAGAGUGGAUUUGGGCAUGUUGAUGAAUCAAAGGAGUCCAAAUCUAGAGACCCUUUAGUCCAAUGCAAUGCAUACGACGCUAGUCGACCACAAUCGAUACCAAUCAGCAUUGAGUUUGGGCAAGAAGCUCAGGCUGCUGCUGCUCAGAAGCUCAAGAUUGGACUCUAUUUUGCAACUUGGUGGGCUUUGAAUGUUGUCUUCAACAUUUACAACAAGAAGGUGUUGAAUGCAUUUCCAUUUCCAUGGCUUACUUCCACUCUUUCUCUGGCUGCUGGCUCUCUAAUGAUGUUGGUUUCUUGGGCUACUAGAAUUGCUGAAACUCCAAAUACUGACUUUGAUUUUUGGAAAUCCUUGUUUCCUGUUGCUGUGGCACACACAAUUGGGCAUGUGGCUGCAACAGUGAGCAUGUCAAAAGUUGCAGUUUCAUUUACUCACAUAAUUAAGAGUGGAGAGCCUGCUUUCAGUGUUUUGGUUUCAAGUUUACUUUUGGGUGAAACUUUCCCAUUGCCAGUGUACCUUUCACUUAUGCCUAUUAUUGGUGGUUGUGCACUUGCUGCUAUUACUGAGCUCAACUUCAAUCUAACAGGUUUUAUGGGAGCAAUGAUAUCAAACUUGGCAUUUGUAUUCAGAAAUAUAUUCUCAAAGAAAGGGAUGAAGGGGAAGUCAGUUGGAGGGAUGAAUUACUAUGCAUGUCUUUCAAUGAUGUCUCUUUUGAUUCUGACUCCUUUUGCUAUUGCUGUUGAGGGUCCACAAGUAUGGGCACUUGGAUGGCAGAAUGCAGUCUCCCAAAUUGGCCCAAAUUUCAUAUGGUGGGUGGUGGCCCAAAGUGUGUUCUAUCACUUGUACAAUCAAGUCUCUUACAUGUCUCUAAAUGAGAUCUCUCCACUCACAUUUAGUAUUGGUAACACUAUGAAGAGAAUUUCUGUCAUAGUCUCAUCCAUCAUCAUCUUCCAAAUUCCAAUUCAACCAGUUAAUGCCCUUGGUGCUGCCAUUGCAGUCUUUGGAACUUUCCUCUACUCACAGGCUAAGCAGUAAGUGAAGUUUGGCGAGGUAAAUGAAAAGAAAGAGGUGGAAGUAAAAAAUGGACAGCACUAGACUAACAGUUGUAGAUGAGAUAAGAUCAUGUAUUUUAGUGACUUAUUUUUUCCUCCUAGGAAAUGACUGGAAACGUCAAGAAAACCAAAAUGCUGCUUCAUCCAAGCUGCAACUCCCAUCCAAGAAUUUCUAUCAACAUUUCUACCGUAGAUUAAUAUGAGAAUAUAUUGUAUGAAGUGUUCAAUGAUUAUAAAUUCUAAAUAUUCAGUUAGCUCUA